UGCGCAAAAACCACUUGCCUGAUCCAUGCAUGCAUAAUAUACUCUAUAGCAGUCAUUCUUUCAUACGUUGAGCAUUACUAUGUACGAUUUGUGUGUUGUAUUUACAUGAAAUGUUUACCGUAGAUAUACAAACGAUUAAUCAUUCUAUCCUGGAGAUUUUGCCAAGAAAUUCAAAUUAUUUUUACAAUUUUCAACCAUUAUCUUUUUUUUAUUCCGUCUGAUCUAUUUUAAAAUCAUUUCAAAUAUUGUUGCCAUUGUUGUCUUUGUAAAUAAAUAAAUAAAUAAAAGGUUAGUAUCAACCUCAGCGAAUUCAAUGGUGAAAAUGAUGCUUGCCUCCGUUAUCCGUCGUAUCUAUUCGAUUUUAUUUUCGUCUAGAACGGCCGAUAAAAUAUUGAAUAACAUUCCAUCGAUUGUUCAUUAUCACUGUGAUGAUGAAUUUAUUGAAAAAUUUGAAGAAAUUAUUAUUAUCGGCGACAUUCAUGGUUGCUAUGAUGAAUUCCAAUUGCUACUCGAAAGGAUCCACCAAGGAGUUGACAAUCCAAAAAAAAUUUUAAAAAUAUGCGCUGGUGAUCUCAUCAACAAAGGUCCUAAAAGCAAAGAAGUUCUCGAAUAUUUUAUGAAAAAUCAAGAUGAUUGUAUUUCAGUCCGAGGCAAUCAUGAUCAAGUCAUGAUUAAUGAAUACAUCAAUUAUAUAAAAACAGGCGAUAUUGCCGAAAAAAAUUCUUGGCUUAAAGAAUUAACCUUGGAUGGUCAUUUCGAAUUUUUGAGACAAUUGCCCUACACGAUACGUAUUCCUAAAUUGAACAUUUUGAUUGUACAUGCUGGGCUGUUGCCAGAUGUUUCGCUAGAAAAUCAGCAGUUGGUUGACAUGAUCGAAAUGAGGAAUAUUGUUGAAAAUGGUGAUAAUGUACGUGUAGCAACCAAACAUAAUGACGAAGGUGUCGCUUGGGCUUCGGUUUGGCAAGGACCUUGGCAUAUCUAUUUUGGGCAUGAUGCCAGAAGAAAACUUCAAGAACAUCCCUAUGCCACUGGUUUAGAUACAGGAGUUGUUUACGGAAAUGAAUUAACAGCUAAAUUUGUUAUGGGACCUCGCAAAGGGCAUUUGGUUUCAGUGAAAGCAUUGCAAAUGUGGAAUGAUCCGAACAAAAAAACAAAAAAAUAAAUGAUGUUAUCACUUAUUCUUUCUAUCUUGUUGAUUGAUAUAUUUUUUUACAUUUCAGUUUGUUGAAAAUCAUAAAAUUAAAAAAAUGGAACAAAUCGGA